UACCGAUAUUAUAACCACCUGCGCACAGAUAAGAUGGGGCAGGUCUACUCACUUUAUCUAUCGGCGAAAGAUUUUUUUUAUAAGAGACAUCAUGUCAGAUGAAGUCAAUGUCUUUAUGGACCCUUUCCUCAAAAUCUACACAAGUCCUGAUCAUAUAGAAGUAGCUGAUAACCUUACUGAAUGCUUUCACGAGGACAUUGUGUUGAAAGAGCAACAGAGAAACACAGAAUUGUUGGAGUCCCUAGGAAUCGUCCAAUCAAAAAUCAUUAAAACCAUGGAGAAACAACCAGAGAAACGCAAAGAGCAUUCUUGUUCUGUAAUGGGGAUUGUUGAAUCAAAACUUAAUGAGGUGAAGGAAAGAGAGAAGCUGAGGGAAAAAAAGCAGAGUGAUAAAGAAAAGCAAGCAGAGAAAGAAGUGGUACAUAUAACAAAUGAAACAACUGUUGAUCAGUCAGAAAAAGCUGUAUUGUGCAAUUUUGACAGGAUAUGGAUGGAAAAAUGUUUUGAGGAGCAAAAUGAGCAAACCGAGGCUGAAGAACCAUGGAAAGUGACCACAGAACAGCAACACGUGAGAAAAGAAACGCAGAGUGAUGAAGAAAAGCAAGCAGAGAAAAAAGUGAUACAUAUAACAAAUGAAUCAACUGUAGAUCAGCCAGGAAAAGCUGUAUUGUCCAAAUUUGACAGGAUAUGGAUAGAAAAAUGUUUUGAGGAGCUAAAGGAGCAAACCAAGGCUGAGGAACCAUGGGAAGUGACAACAGAACAACAACACAUGAGAAAAGUAAAGGAGAGUGAUACAGAAAAGCAAGCAGAGAAAGAAGUGAUACAUAUAACAAAUGAAUCAACUGUUGAACAGUCAGAAAAAUCUGUAGUGUGCGAUUUUGACAGAGCAUGGAUGGAAAAAUGUUUUGAGGGGCUGAAUGAGCAAACCGAGGCUGAGGAACCAUGGGAAGUGACAACAGAACAACACCACAAGAAAAAGGAACAAAGCGAACCAAAAACUGCAUUUGAGCUGACAAAUGAGGACACAAAUGGAUUGAUCGAUUGUGGAAAAGAUGACACAGAUAAUGUCUUCAAGUGUAAAGCAAAAGAAAACGCACAUUUAAAAUCAAAAAGCACUAAGAAGAGGGAAAGUCUAAACACAGCACCUAAAACGCAAGAAGAUGAGCAUAUAUAUGAAGUACCUGAUGUUGUGCUCACUAAUUCUGUUGAACACAAUUAUGAAACAGAAUGUAUUAAAGAACAACUCAAGCACCUGGACAACGUCACACUUCAUAUUGCUGUUACAGGAUCUACUGGAGCAGGGAAGUCCACAUUUAUCAAUGCAAUACGAGGUCUUAAACCCGACGACGUUGGUGCAGCUCCCACAGGGGUGACUGAGACGACAGUGACAUCAACGGUGUACCCACAUCCUACAAUGCCCAAUGUAAAAUUAUGGGAUCUCCCAGGGACUGGAAGCCCCAAAUUUAAAGCCAAAAACUAUCUAAAGGAGGUGAAACUUGACACCUUUGACUUCUUCAUCAUCAUCUCCUCAGAGAGAUUCAAAGAAAAUGAUAUCGUGCUGGCUAAAGCCAUUAAAGAGAAAAAGAAGUUGUUCUACUUCCUCCGCUCGAAGAUUGACAAUGACAUUGAAGCGGAAUCUCAAUGGAGAGACUUUGAUGAGGAGAAAGUCCUCUCACAAAUUCGUGAAGACUGCUAUAUAAACCUCAAGGAUAUGCAUAACCCAGAAAUUUUCCUGAUUUCCUCCUUUGAAUUGCACAAAUAUGACUUUCAAACCCUCGUUGACACACUGGAGAAGCAGCUACCUGCUCACAAGAGAGAUGCCUUGGUUUUGUCCUUGCCAAUAUACUCGUCCAAGAUUCUGGAGGAGAAGAUCGAAAUGUUUAUGAAGCAAACCUGGUCGGCAGCUGUCGCUUCUGGUUCCAUUGCUGUGGCUCCAGUGCCUGGUCUUUCCAUAGCUUGUGAUGCUGCCAUUUUGCUGGCUUUCUUCACCAAGUGUUACUAUGCAUUCGGCCUGGAUGAUGAGUCAAUAGAUAAACUGUCGGUGAGGGUCAACAAUCCAUCCCUGAAAUCUGUAAGAAAGUCACCUCUAGUGAUCGCUGUUAGGCAAAAGAAACUCAGUAAUAAGGAGCUGUCUGCACUGACAAGUAAGGAAGCAGCUGUUAAAUUUGCAUGGAGCAUGGUUCCUGUUGUAGGGAGUAAAAAGACAGCAGAAAUGUCUUACUCUGCAACACUGGGCCUUCUGCGUGCAGGAGUUCAGGAUCUCGCUGAUACAGCCAAAGAAGUGCUGAAAGUGGCAGGUCUGACUGAUGUCUACUAAAAUAUUGAGAUCACAGUCAAGAGGUCAUCCAACUAAUUAGUGUGGUUAAGACUUUUUGACACAUUUUGUGGGGUCACAAUCACUCACAAAAUACUCAAAUUAUGUUCCUGCCAUUCAAGAAGCUGUGCUGCAUGCAUAAUAACAGUUCUGAACAUGUUUCUUUAUCAUCUUAAAAAUGUGGUCUUAGAUUGCUUUUGAAUGUUCGUAUGAUGUUAUGUGUUACAUCAUGUGCUGAGUGUGUGUAGAAACCACAAGUUACCACUACUGUUUGUCUUCAUAGUUAUAAAAGAAUACAUUUUAAAGUGUAUGUAAACUAUUCACAGGAAUGUGGUCACUUUAAUUAUCUAAUAGUUUCAUUUUUCAUUUUUUUUCUAUCUGAUUUUUAAUUAUGCAUAAUGUCUAAUGUCUUAUUGUACAUAAUAGAAAUUAAAAGGUGUAUAUAGUUUUUUAUUGGCUUUUGGAGUUACUGCAAGACCUGGGAUGGUUAUAACAUGGGUCAGUUGUAACACUUCCGCUUUCUCAAAUAAAAAACAAGUUACAAUCACCUGAUUCACUUCACACAUUUUCAGAUAUUUUUCAUGCAAGUUGUUUGUGCUAAUGUUUUGGUUGUAAGCUGUAAGGUGAGCUACGCCAUGGUGACAAAACAC